AUGACCGAGCGUGAUGGACCGGCGACGGGUCGCACGUGCCAUGGUAUCCUCUCAUCUCUUCUGCCUGGCAUGGUUCGACUCGGCUCAACUGUGCUAUGGCUUGGCACGGCGGUGACGUCGUGUGAUGCUCCCGUCCGGCCCAUUGUAGGGGUCCUCAGCCCUACGGCCAGCCGUGCAGUGCGUUCAAUGCGGGACCAGAACCGCGGAUAUUCGGAGCUAUCGAGAGAGUUUCUGGACAAGGGAACAGUCGUUCGGGAAAUGACUGGCGAGAACUGGGUGUCCACCAGGAGUGUGGCUCAUUCCUUGCACGUUGGGUCAACUGUCAAGGGUGGGAGCGAGCAAGAAGCGGUUCACUGCCACAACCAAGCGCGUGGUACGACGUAUCGUGACCGAGAAAAGGUGUAG